GUUAAGUGAAGUGCAACCCUGACUUCUUUUUGUCACAAUAAAUGUUUACUGGGAUACGUAGACGUCUAUUUUGAUGACAACACGGCAGAUUGGUACGGGUUAAAUCUUUUUCGAUGAAUUUCGAAAAAUGAAUUAAAUUACAUGUGCUAAAUAAAACCAAACAAAACAACAAAAGCCACAACGGCUCUGCCAACACCUGUGCAAAUAAGCGGCCGUCAGAUCCACACAUUGACGUAGCACGAAGCUUUACGUGCCAUUUUAUUGACACGAAAGUUGCCGCCGACGCCGCAGAGAAAUUCUUGAGUGCCGCAAGUGUUGAGCGAUUAACAGCAGCAGCAGCAGAAGCAGCGCCAGCUGGAGUGCGGAAACAGCUAAACACAGCGAUAAUUCCACCGCACGUGCCGCCAAUAUGAUACCGUUAACGCAUAAGGAUCGCAGCAAUUUUGGCUAUCGCGUCAAGGAGAAACUGAACAGCUGGAAGCGACUCAUCUUCUCCGAUCGCAAUUCGCGCAACUUGUUUCUCUUUCUGCUGCUCAAUUUGAGUUUCGCAUUCGUUGAGCUCUUCUAUGGCAUUCUAACAAAUAGUUUGGGUCUCAUCUCGGACUCGUUUCACAUGUUCUUCGAUUGCACGGGUCUGCUGGCUGGUCUGGCCGCCUCGGUCAUUACGAAAUGGAAAGCCAAUGAUAAGUUCUCCUAUGGCUAUGUGCGUGCCGAGGUGUUGGCGGGCUUUGUGAAUAGUUUAUUUCUGCUCUUUAUUGCCUUCUUCAUAUUGUCGGAGGGCGUUGAGCGGCUGAUAGAGCCGCCGGAGGUUAAGCACGAGCGUCUGUUCGUUGUCUCCGUGCUGGGGCUGCUCGUCAAUCUUGUGGGCAUCUAUGCAUUUAAUCAUGGCGGUCAUGGUCACUCGCACGGCGGCGGUGGACAUGGACACUCACACGGUGGCGGCGGCGGCGGCUCCAGUCAUGGACACUCACACAGCCACAACGAUCUCAGCAAUCACAAUCAUCAGGCAAUCUCAUUGGAUAAUGGUCAUGGACACUCGCACGAUCAUGGCAGCCAUGGACAUUCGCAUGAUCUCUCCAGCGGCAGCAAUUCACAGAUAAUGCGUGGCGUUUUUCUGCAUAUUCUGGCCGAUACACUCGGGUCGGUGGGCGUCAUCAUUUCGGCCGUGCUAAUGCAAAUGUUUGGAUGGAUGAUAGCGGAUCCCAUUUGCUCCAUAUUCAUAGCGCUGUUAAUUGCGCUGAGCGUGCUCAGCUUAAUCAAGGAGUCCAUAUUGAUACUGAUGCAACGACAGCCAUCGGCACUCGAUCGCUCGCUACUGCAGUGCUAUCAGAAGGUGACGGGAUUGGCCGGCGUCUAUUCGGUGCAGGAGCCGCACUUUUGGACGCUCUGCUCGGAUGUCUAUGUGGGUGCCAUCAAGCUGGAGGUAUCCAAAAAUGUGGAUCCCACAUAUGUUGUGACGCAUACGCGCAUGAUAUUCGAGGCGGUUGGCGUCAAACAGAUCUACAUACAGCUCGACUAUGUGUGAUGAUAUUGAGCUGAAUAAUACCCAUAUAUCAUAUUUAUAUAAAUAUAUGACUACUAUGUACAUAUUGAGCAGCGUGUGUCGUGUCUAUAUGUGUGUAUACUGUAGAACGAUAUGAUAAUUAUGUGCUUUUCUACACCUAAAUUUUAGUUAUUCAAAAAUCAGCUGUAAAAUGUAACCUUAACUUAUACGAGUAAUUUUUUGAAAAUUUUGUUAAUUUAUGUUUUUUUCUGCCAUCUUGUUAAAAUGAUGAUUCAUUCCAAUAUUAUCGAUGCGAAAGCACAGUGAACGUAGUGCAACAAUGCAGCAAUGGCUGCCUAUAUAGAAACUUAGUAUAAUUGUAAUAUAUAUAAGACCGAAAAACUGUGCAUUCAUAAUGAUACAUGCAGUUAUUUUUUCAAUUCAAAAGAACAAACAUACAUACUAAACAUUUAUAAAACAAAAAUUGACUGAAGCACUUUCCAAAACUUCCAUUAUCCAAAUGGAAAUGAAAAAAGAAGCAAUUGCAAUGAAAGCCAACUGCAAUUUACCACAGUUUUGCUGCAUCAAAAUGAUGAACGAAAUAAAAAAGAAUUUGUUAAUAGCGUUUUUUACACAUA